GUCUUGGAGGCUGUCUUGGAACUCGCUUUGUAGACCAGGCUGGCCUGGAACUCAGAGAUCCACCUGCCUCUCCUGAGUGCUGGGAUUAAAGGCGUGUGCCACCAACACCCAGCUACAUGUACACUCUUAAAGUAUCUUCUGACCUUGCAUUUUGGAAGCUUUGUCAGUAUUUAUUGGAGAGUUUUGAUAUUUUAUGGCCUGUGUUGUUGGUAGCUCUCACUUUAAAAGCCUCUUUUUCCCCCCAGUUUAUUCUUACCAUGGAUUCAAGCAGCAGCAGCAGUGAUGAAGACUGUGAAGCCUAUAUGUCUGAAUUGCUGGAGAAAAGGUCUAGCUGUGUGGUGAUCAACUCAGACUCUGAUUCUGAUUCUCCCCCUGAGAAAAAGAGAGCUAAGAUCUGUGAAAUGAACAGUGAAGAUGAGUCUUCAGACACGUCUUCUGACACGUCUUCUGACCAAUCUUCUGACCAGUCUUCUGACAAAUCUUCUGACGAGUCCUCUGACGAGUCCUCUGACAAUUCUUCUAACACUGAGGGCUCCAGUGUUCAGAAGACUUCAAUAAUUGUUAUCGAUGAUGAUGACAAUCCUCAUUUGAGGGAUGCUGAGAAGAAAAGAGAUGAUUCCAGUGUUGAGUGCCAAAUGCCUAUACCCGAAAAAGAGGUGAUUGAAUGUAUUGAAUCUGAGCCCACUUCAUCUGAUGUUUGUGAAAUAUGGGAUCUUGAUGAAAGUUCCAAACAACCACAAUUGGAGCCCGAGCAGGAACCCGAACCUGAGCCAGAACCCGAGCCUGAGCCAGAAACAGAGCCAGGGUCCCAGUGGGAGCCCAAGCCAGAAAUUGAGCCAGCCAAGCCUGAGCCUGAGCCCCAGUGGGAGCCCGAACCAGAAACCAAGCCAGAGCCAGAGCCCCAGUGGGAGCCCGAGUCAGAAAUAGAGCCAGAACCUGAGCCGGGACCUCAGUGGGAGCCUGAACCAGAAACAGAGCCUGAGCCUAGGCCCCAGUGGGAGCCUGAGCCAGAGCCAGACACCAAGCCAGAACCUGAGCCGGGACCUCAGUGGGAGUCUGAGCCAGAAACAGAGCCAGAGCCAGAAACCAAGCCAGAGCCAGAGUCCCAGUGGGAGCCCGAACCAGAAACAAAGCCAGAGCCUGAGCCGGGACCUCAGUGGGAGUCUGAACCAGAAACAGAGCUAGAGCCAGAGUCCCAGUGGGAGCCAGAGCCCGAGCCAGAGCUAGAGCCCAAGCCAGAAACCGAGCCAGGGCCCCAGUGGGAGCCCGAGCCAGGGCCCCAGUGGGAGCCCGAGCCAGGGCCCCAGUGGGAGCCCGAGCCAGGGCCCCAGUGGGAGCCCGAGCCAGGGCCCCAGUGGGAGCCCGAGCCAGGGCCCCAGUGGGAGCCGGAGCCAGGGCCCCAGUGGGAGCCGGAGCCAGGGCCCCAGUGGGAGCCGGAGCCUGGGCCCCAGUGGGAGCCGGAGCCUGGGCCCCAGUGGGAGCCGGAGCCUGGGCCCCAGUGGGAGCCGGAGCCUGGGCCCCAGUGGGAGCCGGAGCCUGGGCCCCAGUGGGAGCCGGAGCCUGGGCCCCAGUGGGAGCCCGAGCCAGAAACAGAAGCAGAGCCAGAGCCCGAGCCUGGGCCCCAGUGGGAGCCCGAGCCAGAAACAGAGCUAGAGCUAGAGCCUGGGCCCCAGUGGGAGCCAGAGCCAGAAACAGAAGCAGAGCCCGAGCCUGGGCCCCAGUGGGAGCCCGAGCCAAAAACAGAAGCAGAGCCAGAGCCCGAGCCUGGGCCCCAGUGGGAGCCCGAGCCAGAAACAGAAGCAGAGCCAGAGCCCGAGCCUGGGCCCCAAUGGGAGCCCGAGCCAGAAACAGAAGCAGAGCCAGAGCCAGAGCCUGGGCCCCAGUGGGAGCCCGAGCCAGAAACAGAAGCAGAGCCAGAGCCCGAGCCUGGGCCCCAAUGGGAGCCCGAGCCAGAAACAGAAGCAGAGCCAGAGCCCGAGCCUGGGCCCCAGUGGGAGCCCGAGCCAGAAACAGAGCUAGAGCUAGAGCCUGGGCCCCAGUGGGAGCCAGAGCCAGAAACAGAAGCAGAGCCCGAGCCUGGGCCCCAGUGGGAGCCCGAGCCAGAAACAGAAGCAGAGCCAGAGCCCGAGCCUGGGCCCCAGUGGGAGCCCGAGCCAGAAACAGAAGCAGAGCCAGAGCCCGAGCCUGGGCCCCAGUGGGAGCCCGAGCCAGAAACAGAAGCAGAGCCAGAGCCCGAGCCAGAAACAGAAGCAGAGCCAGAGCCCGAGCCGGGCCCCCAGUGGGAGCCCGAGCCAGAAACAGAGCCAGAGCUAGAGCCCGAGCCAGAAACCAAGCCAGAGCCCGAGCCUGGGCCCCAGUGGGAGCCCGAGCCAGAAACAGAGCUAGAGCCAGAGCCUGGGCCCCAGUGCGAGCCUGAGCCAGAAACUGAACCAGAAACAGAGCCCGGGCUGGGGUCCCACUGGGAGCCCGAGCCAAAAGCAGAGCCGGAGCCCCAGUGGGAGUCUGAGCCAGAAACAGAGCAGGAGCCCGAGCCUAAGCAGGAGCCCGAACCCACAGGGGAGCCAGAGCUAGAACCAGAGCCUGAGCAAAAUGUUACAGCCAAAGAGGCCAAGGAGAGAAAGGCUGCAGCUCUGUUGGCACAACAAAGAAGGAAGAGAAAAAACAGAUUCAUAUGUAUGGCACCUCCUAAGUCACGUCGGAAACGACGUCGUCAGGCCAUCUCACAGGAUGUGCCCAGCCUGCCAAGUGCCUCUGCAGAGCCUAGUCUUCCUGAUGAGCCCACAGUAGCAGACCAACCUGCUGACCCUGCCAAAUGCCCGCCAUUAAAGAAACCCAGAGGCAAAAGGGCACGCCCACACAAGUAAAAAGGCUCUUUCUGCAAAUGGGGGUGGGGGCUCUCAUGCCCAUCUUAUGCUCCAAUAUGUUCAGUUCCCCUGGAGUGCUUUCCCCCUGAAUUUCCUGUCUCCUGUCAUGGGGACAUGUUAAGGGUCGUCAUCUUCAACAUGUCCCCAUGACUCUGGCCAAUUGUCAAUUCUUCUGUGCAGCCAUAAGUUAAAGUGACUCCUUCCUCACAGUUUCAGAGUUUUUCUAGAGUGUUGUAUGUAACAUCUUACUGAAUUUGUUCCCUCAGUCUGUUCUAAAGAGGACUCUUAAUGAUUUAUUCUCUUGAGGGUCUAGCCACAUGAGUGGGAUGUAACAUGUUUAAUAAAUGUUAAAUAAAUUGA